AUGGCAAAUGGCGCACAGGGACAACCCGAAAAGCAUAAACAUGAAGCCCUUAAAUCCCAGGAGGCGCAGGGUUCGAUCACCCAUGGAGCUUCAAACGAAGCACGCCAGUUGCUGGACGUUCUUGCUGUUGGCCCCGCUGGCACCACCCCACAGCCCAAACUUAAGGAGGUCACACACACAACAUAUGCCAUGGGAAAGUGCAGGUGCCAACGGGCUGGCCUGCUGGAAGUUUUCAGGAGUGGAGGCCGCUGCCUUUUGCCUCCUGACAGUCCCCGAUGUUGCAGAGGGUUACAGAAGGCUUGGGAGUUGGAGGGGGCUCCCAGAAGGACUCAAAGGACGGGCGGGAAGAGCUUGCAGUGGUCACCAAAGUUCUCUGGAAAAUGA